AAGGCAGGAUGUCACAUGAAAGUCUUCAGUCUCUUAGAUUUUUAUGGCCCCUUUGGAUCUUUGCCUUCUUGGAUCUGAGGACUCAUGCCCUUUCAUUUCAUAACACCUCUUUGAAACUUCUGUGUUCUUAGAUUUGAGGUUUAUGCCUUUUUUUAUCUUUUCUUUUUCCCCUUUAGAUUAUCUCUUGGCGCCCUUUGGCUUUACUUCGAGUUUAAGGUUUUACGCCGUUUUCUUCUAGGACAUUUCUUACAGUUUUUGUCAUCAUUUCAGGUUUAAUGUUGUCUUUAUCUUUUAUGAUCUCCUAGAGCUUUACUUUGGGUCUUAUGUUACUUUUGAUACAGGCUCUUGUACUUUUGUUUUUCAAGAUGCCUAUUGGGACCCAUUAGCUUCAUUUUGAGUCUUAGGUUUUAUGCCCCUUUUCAGGAUGUCUUUUUGGACUUUUUGACUUCAUUCUUGGUUCCAAAUUGUAUAACUUUUUUUUAAGGUUUAUCUCUAGGGAUCCCUUGGCUUCACUUUGAGUCUGAGGUCUUUGGCUUGUUAUUCAGGUUCUAGGUUCUCUUGGAAUCCUUUUGCUUUACUCAAGUCUAAUGUCUUAUUCCCUUUUCUUGCCGAACUUGCUUGGAACACUUUAGCUUGGUCAAGGUGGGGAUACCUUUGAUUUUGCAUAGCCCAAAAUCAAUUCUGCUUACCAAUGCAUCUAAAGUCAACCUACAUAAAUUAUCUCAGUUGAUCUGUUUGCUUGGUGGAGAGCACCUCAUGGUUGACCAAACUUAAUAGUCAAACCUUAAUUAAAAGAAAUAUGUUAAUGCUAGUUUUAUGAAUCUUUUAAUUUCUCACAUUUCAUCUCCUGCAAAAUCUGAAUCAUGCCAAGACAUUUUCAAAAUUAAAUAAAAAGAAAAUUUUCACGUAUAUAGAAUUAAAGUUUUAGUGUUUCUCUUCUCUUUCUAAUCCACACUAGAUUGUUAGCACAUUGGUUAUCCCACAUCCAAUGCCAAAUGUUUUUGUGAAUUUACAACAGAUUAUAGAAAUAUGCUAGAUACAAUUAGUUGGUUUGAACCACAACUGAGGAGCGGGGGCUAGUGGAGCUUAAGUUAAGCAAAGUUUGGUUAAAUAAUGGUUUGGUUGAGAGGAAUUCACCUGAAAUGAUUUUAGUUCGGCCGAGGUAUGAGGGAUGGGAUGAUGUGGAGUUCAACUUGCCUGAGUUGUUAAGUUUCGGCCCCAGAUAGUUUAAUUUGGUUUUAUAAUUUGCAGAAAGGGGCUGUGGGCUAGAUUGAAAUUCUGAGCUGAGGAGGAUUCUGGUAGUUGUGGGCUGAAGCGGAGAAAAGCCUUAGGAUGGGUUGAAUUGGGGUCAAAGAAUGCCCAGGAUGGAGUUUGUUUCUUUUUCAUCUUCAUGGAAUCCAAGGUCCUUCACAAUCAUUGGAUCUGCCCACUUUUAUAGUCCCUGUGAGUCUCCAUCUGAUAAUAAUCAACAAAGCACCCAAUUGUUCCUUAUCAUGUCUCCUCCCUGUUUGGAAGGAAGUCACCACCUGAUUGAGUCAAUUUUGUUUCCCUAGAUCAGUUGCUAUUCACAACGGCUACAUUCUGCCCUGCACAAGUGUUAUUCAUCCACCAACAAUGGCAUGAUUAGCUCAAUCUUAUGUCGUGUAUCUUCUAAUCAUGAUGAUUAUUUUCGCUGCGAAAGCAUAGUGCGAAAAUGGGCAGACAAUUCAAAUCAAAAUGAAAUUAAAGAAAGCGACCUGAAUUUGAAGGAUUUAUUGCUUUUUCUUCAUGUUCCAAGAACUGGAGGGCGGACAUAUUUUCAUUGCAGCUUCUUGAGAAAGCUUUAUGCUAGUGCUCUGGAAUGUCCACGCUCCUAUGACAAAUUACAUUUUGAUCCAAGUAAACCAAAUUGCAGAUUGCUGGUGACUCAUGAUGACUAUAGUUUGAUGUCCAAACUCCCUAAGGAUAGGACUUCAGUUGUUACUAUUUUACGAGAUCCAGUUCAUCGUGUGUUUAGCACAUAUGAAUUUUCUGUGGAAGUUGCAGCUAGAUUCCUUAUACAUCCAAAUUUGACUUCAGUGGAUCAGAUGUCUAGACAACUUCACAAAAAAGCUGGCGGUGUCAGUACUUUAGAUAUAUGGCCCUGGAAAUAUUUAGUUCCUUGGAUGAGACAAGACUUAUUUAACCGGAGGGAUGCUAGAAGAUCUAGAAGAUAUCCUAAGUUUGAGGAAAUUAGUAGUCCGUAUGAUAUGCAAAACAUGGCCAUGCCUUUACAUGAGUAUAUUAAUCAUCCUAUAGCUCAUGACAUCAUUCACAAUGGGGCAACUUUUCAGGUUGCAGGACUGACAAACAACUCAUAUAGUGUGGAAUCACAUGAUGUGCACAAUUGUGUAAAGAAGCACCCACAACUUGGUCUCUUCGUUUUAGAAGUUGCAAAGCAUAGGUUGAAUCAUAUGCUUUAUGUUGGCCUCACUGAAGAGCACAAAAUUUCUGCUACCAUGUUUGCUAAACUGGUUGGAGCUCAAGUGCUUUCUCAAUUGAAAGAUUUGAACUUCGAUUUUGACCAAGCAGCAACCAACGAAUCUGAAGCAAGCUCUUCUUUUCCAGAUCCUGAAGUUAAUGAAUCAAACCAGGUUGAGGAUAACAAGGAUCCUAAAGAAAAUGAAGAUCAUUCUGUGCCACAUCCUGAACUGGCGAGACAAAAUAUGACAGUUGAAACAUUGAUUAACACGUAUGAAAGAUGUGUUUCCUUGCUGAGAAAAUCUCAAGCAACUCGCCGCACUACAUCUCUCAAAAGAAUUACUCCUGUGAUAUUUUCCAAGCAGGCACGUCUUUCUGUCCCGAAGAAAACUCUGAAGAAAAUCCAGGAUCUGAACACUCUUGAUGUUGCACUUUACAAACAUGCUCAACUUAUAUUCACGCAACAAAAGAAAUAUAUGAUACAGAAUGCUGACGAUGCUUUGUUGCAGCAGAAGGGAGACCUAUUGGCUGAAACGGAAAUACAGAGAGAAGGUUGUGGCAGCUUUUAUGGAUGCUUUUGGUGGAACUUUUUAAUCAUUCCAUUUUUUAUUAUCAUCGUUGUCAUACUUUUUAUAAGAAAAAGAAACGAAAUUAAACUAAAGAAAUAAUGACAAGGGCAUGCUUUUUUGUUAUACCAUAACAGAUGAGAGAUGUGAGAUGGAUUGUGAAAUGCUUUACAAAUAUGAAAUUGUGAUCAUAACACUUAAAAUUUGUUUAUUGGAGUUAUCAUAGUAGACGUGUUUGUUAGGAUC